UUAAUGUUCAUUUCUCUACCAUAAGCCGUCUCCAAAGGCGUUUCAGAGAAUUUGGCAGUACAUACAACCAGCCUCACAACCGCAGACCACGUGUAACCACACCAGCCCAGGACCUUCACAUCCAGCAUGUUCACCUCCAGGAUCGCCUGAGACCAGCCACCCAGACAGCUGCAGCAACAAUCGGUUUGCAUAACCAAAGAAUUUCUGCACAAACUGUCAGAAACCGUCUCAGGGAAGCUCAUCUGCAUGCUCGUCGUCCUCAUCGGGGUCUGGACCUGACUGCAGUUCGUCAUUGUAACCGACUUGAGUGAGCAAACACUCACAUUCGAUGGCAUUUGGCACGUUGGAGAGGCGUUCUGUUCACAGAUGAGUCCCGGUUUUCACUGUUUAGUAUGGGGGGUCAUUAAUGCCAUUAUUAAGAUGCUCAUUCGGAAGGAAGACAUGCAUGUUGAACAUGCGUAUGCGGCAUGAAGACAAACACGCGAAAGGUAUAAGAUCAUAUUCGGAAUGGAGACCUGAAGGCGGAACAUGCGCGUUCGCGUCUCAUUCGGGAUGAAGACAUGCGCAUUCGGCAUGAAGACGCGGUUUCGCUUCAUGAACUUUCGCAUUCGGCAUGAAGACGUGAAGAUCCGUAUUCGUUUAUCGGGUUGUUACGGAUAACGAAGCCCAUAAUGCAUUUCGCGGAAAAUGGCGGAUGAACAGCAUCAAAGGGCCAAGCAUUACUUCUGGAAAAAUGUCAGACCUGUAGAAAUGAUAUUCCCAUGCAGUCUCUAGUCCAGCAUUUUGAACAGUGCUCAAGGCAAAACCAACAGCCAGAUACCGGAUGCCAGGCAGAGGAAGCACCUUGUACUUCACAAUCACUGGCCAACGUCCAAGCUGAUGUCACACCGCAGAUUUUAACUGCCACUGUUACAGACACAGAAAGUACAUCUGUUUGUACAUACAGGGACUAUGUGGACCUUGUUUGCUCUGAUGUGAGUGAGUCAGAGGAUGAACAAAUCAGUCGAGCUAUAGAAAACACAAAUGUCAAUCUGCAGGAUAUCUUGCAGAUGCUGCAAAGGAAUCUUGAUAUGGAUGAAGUUGUUCGCUUCAACAUCAACCGGAAGAACGUUUGGGAUGGUGCUGUCCGCGCAAUGAGACGACCAAAUUUCUCUGCCAGAAAGAGAAUUGAUGUCAAAUUCACUGAUGACGAGGGAAAUUCUGAAGGAGCAGUUGAUAUGGGUGGCCCAAUGAGGGAGUUCUUCAGACUUGCAUUUCAACAUAUAAGGCAGAGCCCAAUGUUCACAGGUUCUGACUACGAGCGAGUUUUGGAGUGCCAUAUGUGUUCUUUGAAAGAAAACAGCUACUUUUAUGCAGGACAGUUGAUAGCAAUGAGCAUAGUUCAAGGAGGACCAUCCCCACAUUUUUUUGCUCCAGUCUUGUAUCAAGCCAUAGUGUCAGGUGCAGAAAGUGUGCAGGCAGACAUUGAGGACAUUCAUGAUCAUGAAAUAAAAAGCUUGCUGUCAGAGGUAGGGGAAGAACACGUAUAAUUGCAUUUCAGACUGCUGUACAAUUUUAAAAUAGUGUUUAUAGCAGUGUUUACGUAUACUUUAGUAAGUUUUGUCAGUUCUCCUUAUGAGAUGUUCAGCUCGUGCGUUUUUGAAAAGCUUGAUAUUAAUGUUUGCAUGAACAAAUAAUUCACUGUAAAAAUAAAUGUUUUCAAUCCAAUAUCAGAUUAUAGCUUCAGAGUUUAAGGAAAACCUGGACAAAGCUGUUGAAAGAUGUGAGAACCUCCUGAUGCUAGCUGGAUGUCUGCGAAGCAUCACUGUCAGCAAUAAAAACGAAGUGGUGCAAGACGUCAUUAAUUGGUAUGUCCUUCAGAGGACAAGGACACACUUUGAAAGGUUCCAGGAUGGACUUCGAUCCUGUGGACUACUGGAUGCUAUCUGGAGCCAUCCAAGCGUAUUCAGAACAGUAUUUCAUGCAACAGAAUUGGGUAAAGCACAAAUAAUGAAAACUAAUGUUCAUAAAUCCAACGC